AAAGAGAGAUUCUUAUAUUGAAAUAGCGCAGCGCUGCUCUCACAAGAAGAAGAAGAAGAAUAAGCGCAGAAAACGCAUUUUCUUUUUUUAUUUAAAUUGUGGGUUUGUUUUCGGCCUGUCACAUUAUAUGGGGAAUUGAAAAUGUCCACAGUAGCCAAACGAUGCGGGGUAAAGUUUGAUCCACCGUCAAUUAUCGUUCUAUAUGAGAAUAAAAACACAGGCGAGAUGAGGAAAAGAGUUAUACCAGUGAGGAAUUUCUCGCAAUACUCAGAUUGUAGCCGGGCAGCAGAGAGGCUGAAGUAUCACAUCCGUCACAGCGUUUACCUAGAAUCUGUGUCUUUGGCUCAACUUGAAAGACUGCAUCUGAUUCUCCGCGAUCAUUUGCGAGGCCUCAGUCUGGAGGAGAGUCUGGCUGCUCAGCGGGGCGCCGGCCCCAAUGACGAGGACCUGAAUAAACUGAGCGAUGAGGAGUUAAACCGCAGGAAGGCCCAGAUGGACGAGCUGUUUGAACGGAACCGCAGACGAAAGAACGAUCCAGACUUUGUGUACGAUGUAGAAGUGGAGUUCCCUGAGAACAGCGUACGAGAGACGUGUAGCUGGGACGAUCAUUCCGAUGAUGAGUUUUAGAAGAUCAGACACUGGAAAUCUUGUAAUCAGGUUUAAAUCUGUCAUGGGUUGUGUGUUUUACUUGAGGCGAAAAUACACUACAAGACUUUCGCUCAGAUUUUCAGUCUGGACUUGUUGCAGAAAGUCUGUGCCAGUCUGCAGAUUUGAUCAGUUAGUGUGUUUCUAUCUGAAACUUUCGAAAAGUCUGCAAGCGUUGUGAUGUCUAGGUUAAAAAAUAUCUGUUCAGGUUUUUAAAGUCGUGUAGUGUAUUCCAGCCAUUAGUUUGGGGAACUGUUAUUGUAUGCUGAUCUAUACAUUUCAUAAGGUAUAGAUUGUUCUGAAACCACUUCCUUUGUCAAAUUAAAUGUGGUUGAUGAACCAAUAGAUGAGGAAGCAAGACAAAUCUGCCAAUAUUUGGCCAUUUGAAGACUAUUACAUCUUCUGAAAUGUCACUGUGGUGGUAUAUUAACCCAUUUCGUGACACUUUUGAAUUAAUUACUGUGUAGAAUGUGUAAAAUCCUACAGUAUAUUUUAUACACUAAAAGUUUGAUGAUGCUUUAGUGUAUGGUUUUUUGUUUAUGAUUGUUGUUUGAAAGAUCUAGGCGAAUACAAAUUGUGCACAUG